AUGGCGCAGCCGGCUGAAUUUAUCUUGUUGUUCCUGCGCAACCUACCUCAUAACAGGGAUGUAAUUGGCGCUCACUACGCGGCGCAGCGCCCACGUAUGAUCGAAGAUCGCGCCAGCGAGACGCCUCCCACAUUAGAUUGUCCAUUUCCUCCAAGCCGAUCACGUCCAUAUUGUCACAAAGUCGCCCCGAUGGCCGCCGAACCGAAUGCCCCAGGUCAUAACAAACAAUACUAUGAAGAGGAAGAAAAUCUUUUGAUUGUGCUCAAGCAAAUAGAGGGACUCUCAUGGACAGAAAUUGCGCUCAGAUUCAACGAAAGGGUCCCGGACGACCGACACAGAACUGCAUCAGCCUUAGAGAAUAAGUGGCGACAGCUACGAAGAACCCACCAGUAA